CGUCACGGUGUACUGUUGGCCUAGUUUCUCAGCGAGAUCUGAAAACUUGAUGAUGCGGUCAAGUUCGUUCGGCACAGUAGCAUCAUUGCAGCUCAACGAUGCACCGUAACGGUUGGGUUCCCUUUUUCCUAGUACCAUUGACCAUCAUCUUGCAAACGGCGAGCAAAAACAUCACCUGCUGGGAGUUGCCAUGCCGACAUAACCGGUAUCACUUUGACUGUUGUAUCCGGCAGUUGGAGAUCGACGAUCGGACCACAAUCGAAUAUGCAAACUUCGCCAAACAGCAGUACGUUCUGCUGGAGGAUAGCAACAUUUUCACAGUAUCACCACAACUGUUCGAACUGAUGGUGGACGCCAAGAUGUUGGAGAUUUCCGGUGGGUUUGUACCUUGGGUCCACUUGCAGCCCUCCGUCACCGUGUUGAUCAUAUACGACAGUCAGACGAAGAAAAUUUUUGUCGAUCCAGAGGAGAAAAAGUACCGGCUGAUUUGGUUGGAGGUUCGUAACGUUACUAUGAAAGAGGUCCCACCGUAUUUGCAUCAGCUUAGGAAUCUGGAACAUAUCGGAUUAGUCAGUGCAGGUCUGGAGUACUUGGUAAUGGACCAGUUUGAUGGACUCAACAAACUGGAAGAGCUCGAUUUGUCCUGUAACAACAUUCUACAAAUUCAUAUCAAUUUUCCAAUGAGAUUACCAGCACUGCGCACGUUGCACCUAAACGGCAACAAACUAACGGCAAUCGAUAUUGGCUACUGGCACAUGCCGGAACUGACUACGUUCGAUCUGUCCUCCAAUCGACUGAAGUACAUAGCGAACUACAACAGCAAUCAGAUGGAGAAACUGUGCGCCAUCAAAGCCGAGCAGAACAGAUGGAAUUGUAAGUGGCUGGCUGAGUUCCUACACGCGUGCUUCCACUUCAAAGGGUAUGGUUUUAGUGAUACGCAGGUCGAAUGCGACGAGGAUGAGGAAUGGCACGAAAAUUGCUGCUACGGAAACGAAACCGAAUCCAGUUAUCACGACUAUUUAAAGGAGAUGCACCUGAUUUGAUUGGGUUCGGUGUACGCGUUAAACCAACAAUUAUGCCAGUAUUAGGUUUCGGUUCUUAAAUUCUUUCGGAAGUGUUCAUUUUGAUGCCAAAAAGCGUUUUAGAGUUUUAGGAAUAUACGCGUAGUACUGAUAUUUAGAAACCGGUUUCCAUAAAUUUAAUUUUUUUCACCAUGUAUUUGUAUAUUGAGAAUUACAGCAUUAAGAGUAUUUUGUGAAUCAUGAUUACAAUCGCACCUUCGAGCGUUAUGUUGAACAAUAGAGUACAUCGCCAUGUUUCAAUCAAUUUAA